AUGCUGAGAAGAUCCGCUACAAGGUUAUCCACACAAUGGAAGCCAGCAUUGAGCAAAAGAGUCCUAUUCAAUGUUGCAAACGUCGUGGCAGCAAGACAAAUAUCCUCCAAACCAGAACAAUCAUUCACCAAAUUGACAAAUGAAAAUGAUCCAAACAGGGAAAAAUUCUUUCAAUACACUUGGGGGACAUGGUUGAAGAAUGAUAAAUUGGAGAAGGAAAAGAGAACUACAAAGUUCUCCAUCGAGGGACUUAACGAUAUAAUCACCGACCUAUACUCUCAACCUACUACAACUACACAGGCAGACUCUAUCCCACCACCAAUCAAUAACAAAAACAAUACCGUCUCAUUGCCCCAGAAUUUGACUCCAGAACUACUAGGUUCUUCCACCAAAACAACUCCAGUGCAAAUUACAAGAUUAUCAAGCAUCCAUGAGGGGAAAUACCAUAGAGUCUACAAGAUUGAUACAAAUUUAAAUACUUCAUUCAUCUUAAGAAUACCAUACCCAUUAACGGACCAAACUACUCAAAAAUUCCUCAUUGAGAGCGAAGUCGCAACAAUGGAUUACGUAUCUUUGAAAUUGAAAAUUAACGUCCCCAAGAUCUUCUCCUACGCUUCUGAUGCUAAGAACCCAUUGGGACAACCUUUCAUAUUACAACAAUUCAUCGAUGGUCCAUUGUUAAUGAGACAAUGGAACCCAUUGGCUGAUGAUAAGGAAAAACCACAAUUACAAAAUGCAAUUAAUAUCGUCUCGGAUUUCCAACAAAAAUUAAAUAAGGCAACUUUUAAAAAUUCAGGGUCCCUUUAUUUCUCUGCUAGAAAAUUAGAUCCUCCCACCACAGCGGAGGAAGUGGAAACAAUAGAUUCUCGUUGGUAUGUAGGACCCUCUGUGGAAAAAUCUCUAUGGAGAAAUAAAUUACAAUAUUGGAAAUUAAAUGAUCUAUUGAAAUUAUUGGGUCCCUGGAAACAAGAAAACGUGACAUCCAUCAUUCAGGACACUGCAAAAGUACAAUUGGAAACAUUAAAGAAGGAGGAAAAAAAUGCUGCUACAUUGUCCGAUAAUAUCUUGACAUUCCAAAAUUUGACCCAUUUGGCACCAUCAUUGUUUGAAAGUUCCAUAACAAAGAUCCCCAAUUUGAAAGAAUUAUUGAAACCACGUUUAUUCCAUCCGGAUUUGGACCCCAUGAACGUCAUCAUUGAUGCAAAGACAAAGGAACCAUACUUGUUGGAUUUUGAAGCAACAACCAUUAAACCAACUAUAUUACAACAUUCACCACAAUUCAUCAGAUACGAUGGACCCAAGAUUUAUGAUUUACAAAAGGAUACCCCUGAGUAUAAAGAAUUAUCAGAUGCGGAGAAGCAACAAUACGAAUUCAUUUAUAAGAGAACUCGUAAUGAAUAUAUGUGGGAAAAUGCAAUGAAUGAAAGAACUCCAGAUUUAAUUACAACAAUGGCACCACCAAUUAAAUUGUUAAGAUCACCUUAUGUUGCCUCUUUGGAAAUGAAAGAUGAAUUGGAGGAAUAUUUAUUGGUAGAUGAAGCCAUGAUUCAAUUAUCUAAAGUUUGGUCCACUUUCUAUGAAAAUGGGUUAGUUAAGGAGAAGGAAUUCCCCUUGAAAUUUACAGAAGAUCAAAUUAAGAAACAUAAUGAUGAAUUGACUGCAUUCCAUGAAAAAUUAAUUAGAGUCCCAUUUGCUGCAACAAAGGGUUGGGUCCCACAGGAUAUGUUUGACAAUUUAUUAAAGAAUGGUAUUAUUGUUAAAGAUAAGGACGGUAAUUAUUCAAUUGCCUCCGAACCAAAAUCAAAAUCUACCUAG